UCAGCGAAGCCGAGUUCGUUCGAUUCAUGUCAGCAAUGGCUGAGCGACCUACGAGAGCAGUCAGAACGAGUGUCAGUGGUGCUAGUCGGUAACAAGACUGACCUGAGAGAUACGCGGAAGAUUCCACAGGAAAUGGCGAAGAAGUUUGCUGAUGACCACGGUCUCACGUUUAUCGAAACGUCGGCCUUAGACAGCACAAAUGUUGAAAAAGCCUUCACGCAAGUGCUGACUAAAAUCUAUCGGGCUGGAACAGCUAAUAUUCGCAAUGGUGAUGUGGGAGGAGUUGACCUUUCUAUCAAUCCCACUGCUGAAAACACUACCAAGAAAGGAUGUUGCCGAUCGGGAUGA